CUUUUCCAGAAAUUUCAACCAUUUUGUUUUAUUUAAAUGACCUGAAAAGGUUAUUUAUUACCUACUCCCUCCCUCCCUCCCUCUCUCCCCCUCUCUCUCCUCCUGUCAUCCACUCUCAGUUCAGUGCUGUCGUAUACAUCCCACUCCUGUUUCUUCUCCUCUCAGCUCAGAGAAACGGAACUUUCUGCCUCUCCUCCAGAAUGUCCAACAUCUACAGAUGAAAAAAAUGAAGCUCUAUGCUUUCAGCUGACAUGUUUGCCGCUUUACAUCAGUCAGGAAAUGUGAAUGAGCGGAGCAUUUGCCAAGAAAACAGCGUCUCAGUCCAGACAGGACCAGAGCUUUGGUCCGCAUCCGAAUCCCUCCUCCGCUCCGGUCCUCACUGUUGCGGCUGCUUCCGUCCCUCUCACCACCGUCAUACCUCCUCCACCCUUUCCUCUCACUUUCUUGUGCUGCUCGUGUUUCUCCUUCAGCCGCGGCUCUCCAUCUCAUGUCAGGAUUUUCCUUCAGCUGAGUCCAGCCGCUCCAGCAGAACCCAACCCGAGUCGUUUAAUGAGAAGAGCCAUAACUACGCAGAGCCGGCGUAUCUCCGAACCUGCCUUGCCUCAACCAUUUCCGGACCUGUUUAAACUCAGCCCGGUCCACUUGAAUGCGGCUCCGUCGGUGACAGAAGGUUCCUGUAGACGUCUGAGGAGUAUCUUUGUUCCUGCUGCUUUCGUUACUCAACAUCUGGAACUCCAUCCCCACACCCCGACCCCUCAGCAGGUGUUGGCUGGAUUCAGGAAGGCUCGGAUCCUGCAGCCACGUCCAUCACGUCUUCACCACUGGCCACGCUCCCUCAUCUACGUAACUGCUCUCCACCUGCUCACCGUGUCGGUCCUCCGCUCAAUCACUCCUGCGGCCACGCCCCCUAAUCAGCAGAACUAA